GAGGGCCACAGGCCGAAAAAUUAAAGCUUGAGGGAUAACAGUCUUGGGGAGACCAGGAACUGGGACAGAUUGGUGGAAGAUAAAAGACAAAUCUGUGGGGCUAGACCUCCUAAACUCCUGCUAUUCCUUGGCCCCUUUUCCUCUGGGUGGUUUGGGCCGGGACCACUGAAGGAGACGCGAGUGUGGCGAGAUUCGCCCCAGCCUUUGAGAUGAUGGGACUGGGAAACGGGCGCCGGAGCAUGAAGUCGCCGCCCCUCGUGCUGGCUGCCCUGGUGGCCUGCAUCAUUGUCCUGGGCUUCAACUACUGGAUCGCCAGCUCCCGAAGCGUCGAUCUCCAGACCCGGAUCCUGGAGCUGGAGGGCCGGGUCCGCAGGGCCGCUGCGGAGAGAGGCGCGGUGGAGCUGAAGAAGAACGAGUUCCAGGGGGAGCUGGAAAAGCAGCGGGAGCAGCUCGACCGGAUCCAGUCCAGCCACGACUCGCAGCUGGAGAGCGUCAACAAGAUCUACCAGGACGAAAAGGCGGUUUUAGUGCAUAAUAUCACCACAGGAGAGAAGCUCAUCAGAACCCUGCAAGACCAGUUAAAGGCCCUGCAGAAGAACUAUGGCCGGCUGCAGCAGGACGUGCUCCAGUUCCAGAGGAACCAGACCAACCUGGAGCGGAAGUUCUCCUACGACCUGAGCCAGUGCAUCAGUCAGAUGAAGGAGGCGAAGGAGCAGUGUGAGGAGCGGAUAGAAGAAGUCACGAGGAAGGGGAAGGAGGCCGCUGCUUCCAGAGACCCGAGUGAGAAAAAGGACCAAAACCAGCAGCUCCGAGCCCCCAGCGAGCUUCAGCCCAGGCCGCAGGACGCAGACCUGCCCCAGGCAGAGGUGCUGCCGGUGAAAGGAAUCGUGCCCAGCAACGGCGAGCCCCAGACACCAGCCCCCAGUUCUGAGGUGGCUUUGGAUUUGAAGAGACAAGGUGAGAGAGAGGAAACCAACGAGAUCCAGGUGGCCAGUGAGGAGGAGCUUCCGAGGGACAGCCUGGGGCUGCCGCCGGAGCCGGGCCGCGAGCAGGCUGUGGAGGCGGACGCAGCCGCGGCUGGCAGAGGCCCGGGGGGAGCUGGCGCGGUGGGCCAGACCGCACGGGCGCCGGCGGCCAGGCUGGCCGGCCAGGAGAAUCGGGACGCGGAGGACCUCGAGCGGGAGCAGCUGGUCAUCCCUGAUGGGCAGGAGGAGGAGGAGCAGGACGCGGCCGAGGAAGGAAGACACGAGCAAAAGCUGGGGGGAGAGGACGACUACAACAUGGAUGAAAAUGAGGCAGAAUCAGAAACCGAUAAGCAGGCAGCCCUAGCAGGGAACAACAGAAACCUGAACGUUCUUAAUGCUGAAAAUCAGAAAGGAGACAUGAUAAAUUUACUUGAUCAGCGUGAAAAGAAGAACCAAACACUCUGAAUCAACUGGAAUCCUAUACCUCAGGAUUGAAGAGAGAUCACUACAAAAUAUUUAUGAGGGGAUGAAUACUGUGAAAUGUCCUAAGUAAAAUAUACAUCUAAAGAUGAUUAUUGUGGAGUUUUAAUAUGUACUUUAUGUAGGAAAAUGAUUGUGUUAGAGAUGGUUUUGGGGGGUAUUUUCAAGGUGUUUAUACUAAGGUGUCAAAAUUUGUCAGCUAAUAGGUAUGAGCAAAUCAACAUCAAAAACAGAACCCAAGUUCUCCAAGUAUGGGGACAGUGGUGCUUCAGAGAUUCUGGAAUGUAACUUAAAAAAAAAAAAAAAAAUCAAAGCCUGUAGGAGGAGACUGUCUUCUGACACCAAGAGACCCGCCACACCUAAGAAUUCUUCUCUGGUCCCUCUGGUGUCCUUCUUCACAUGCUGUGCCGAGUGGCCCGUACCAGCCUGGUACUUCUGUUCUCCCACGUCAGUGCCGAAUGAUUACUGGCUUAUGCUCUCAUGUGCUCACUUCUGGUUCAGACAGUCAGAGGCCUGGAGCACAAAACUGUUAAACAAACAUCACUAGCAACAGUUUUAAACAAGUCUAUAUACAAAGGCAUUUUAUGUGAGAAUUUAAAAAAAAACCCUAUUUGUAUAACCUGUCAUUAACAUACAAAAAUGCUUGACUUGUCAUUUGAACAUUUGUGAUCUAUUUUUACUUUGCUUAAUAAUGUGUGGACAAAGCAAAAUCUUCUGUAUUAAGUCUGUAUUACCAAGAGCCAUGAGUGGAUCAGACUUCAGACAGAACAGGGCCAAAGCAGAGAUGACCCUGGGGCCUGUGGCAGAGCAAGGUGGGGGGGGGGGCAGCACAGCACUACAGGGGCAUGUUUGCUGUGGACAGACUGCCUACUGCACCAUCGUAGGGAAAAAAGAGGAAGCUGAUGUUAAGAGCAUAUACAGUGUUACACAGGGGGAGAAUUUAGAAAGGCAAGAGAAAUGCAACAGUUGUUUUUGCCACAGUUCAUAAAUUUGGCUUGUGGCAAAUGACUUAUCAAAAGUGAUUUAAAAAUCAAAAGUUAAUGUUAAUUUGAAAAGGACUAAUCGUAAUUCAGAUUGAGUUGCUUCUCAGUAUUUCCAGUAAAUAGGCUCUUGCCACUUAAAAAUGACUGGCAGAGUCAUACACAGGAUGCUGAGGUCUUGAGGGUAAGAAGGUGGUGAUGCUUAUUAAAUACACGUCACCGGACUUGAGAUGCAGGAGCCUCAGACCACCUGGGAUAACCAGUUAACUUUGGAGAGGAAACGGGGGUCCAGAUAAGUUACAGGGCUGUGCCGCAGGCUGGACAGCUGAUGAGCCACAUGCCAGGCCCCUCACCUGGUCUGGACUCCGGUGCCCCUGGCUGGCACUGAAGGCAGGACCUGGUUUGCAUUCAGGUUAAGAUCUCCAAUGUGAAUGCUACCCUAUAGGUUAUCUGUUUACUUAAUUACUAAGAUUAAACUUUUCUACCCAGAAAAGGCAACUAAAGAAGGGUGUUUGUAAGAUUCCCUUUGUGUCUUAGCCUUACGCUUAAUAGUCUCUCUUGCUUUUUCAAUAAAGCGUCUAUUCAUUUCAUUUUAAUUAGUGUGCAGAGUUCUAAGAAACAAGACUGACUGUUCAGCUGCUUUGUUUUCUUUACUGCCCUACUGGAUCCCUGAAGAAUCAGCUUGCCAAUCAUGGAUCAAGAGUGGUGGUCUGCCUUAAACCUUGUGGACUAAGAUGGGUCAUCAAUAUAAGUAAAAAAUAACCAUGCUGUUUCCAUCUUCAUGUAUAGAGGCAUCAAAGGCCCUUCGUUCAGGAGGUGUGUACUGUGAGCGAUCUCUCCAGUCAUGCUUUCUUACCACUGGCUUACCUUCACAUCACACAGGCACUUGUUUUGAGGCAACAAUUUAGAGGUGACGUGGCUGUUUUGUUUUUGUUUUUUUAAAAAGCAAAACAAAAACCUGUGUAAUAUAAAUACGUAAAAACCCCUACUUUGGUCUUUUUAAUCAGCACCUAUUCCAAUUUUUAAUAGGUGUGAGCUCUGUAAUUUACACUUUCUCUAUAUUCUCAAAUGGUAUGUAGACAGGAAUGGGAGGACUCAUCUUUUCUUCUGCAGAUGGGACUGCAGAUUCCCUGCACAAUACUCAGACUUCUUGAGUAAUGACAGCGCUGCAAAUACUUAAUGUACUUUCGUGUGAUGGAAUUUGAGAAAUAAACCAAUAUGUGUUAA